AUCCAAAGAUUGCCGAGGAAAUCUUCAUGUCCCCAGAUUGCCUCAAUAGGAGCUCCCUACUUUCCAAACCGAUUGCUAGCUCUACAGGAGAUGGGAUAAUGUCAUUAGCAGGAUCCAAGUGGGCUGAACGGCGCAAGAACUUGAAUCCCACAUUCAAGCAAAAUGUUUUGCUGAGUUUUCUUCCCAUUUUCAAUGCUGAGUCGAAAAAUUUGGUGGCCUUUUUGGACUCAUUAGUCGGUCAGGGCGAAAAAAAGGUCCAAGAUGAUAUAGUAAGAUGGUCGUUUAGAAUAGCCACUCAAACCACAGUAGGAACUGAUGUGAAGCAAGAAGCGGCCUUCAAGAACGAUUCAGUUUUGAGAAGUUUCGAGACGCUAAUGAAAAUUAUCGUCAUGAAUGUUGUGUUGCCAUUCACGCACAACAAGCUAAUUUCAACGCUGAGCGGAUUUCAAAUGGAGAAAGCUUCGGCCCAGACCAAAAUUAACAAGAUGAUAGGCACAAUAGUUGACAAUAAGUUAGUGUCAAAGCCAAAAAGUGACUCACAUCCUGAAUUUAGCUCUGUGAUUAAUAAGACCCUCGAACUCCAUCGCAAUGGAGAAAUGUCCGUGGACGAGGUGCGAUCCGAGUGCGGUUCUAUGGUUGCCGCUGCCUUUGAGACAACUGGUGUCACGGUGUUUCACGCCCUCACCCUGCUGGCCAUGUUCCCGGAGCACCAGGAUACGAUCUAUCAGGAGCUCAAGGAGCUGUUUCCCAUGGCCGGCGACUUUGAGGUGACCUACGACGAUUUGCAGAGAAUGGUUUAUCUGGAGCGGGUGUUAAGCGAAGCCUUGCGACUGAUUCCAUCUGUUCCAUUUACACCGAGAGAAACAACCCAGGAUUUCCGGCUGUCCACUGGGGUGGUCAUUCCAAAAGGACUCACCAUCGCGGUCGACAUAUUUGCCACCCAUCGCAACCGGGAUCAUUGGGGUCCCAACCCAUCGAUGUUCAACCCAGAUCACUUUCUGCCCGACAAUGUGCGCGAUAGGCAUCCUUACGCUUACAUUCCAUUUUCAAAGGGAAGGCGAAAUUGUAUAGGUUGGAAAUACGGAUUGAUGUCAUCCAAGCUUGCUUUGUCUAAGAUACUUAGAAACUACAAAGUAAGCACUUCUUAUCGAUACGAAGAUCUCGAAUUCGUUGACAACAUGGGAAUGAAACUGGCUCAAUCGCCUGGACUAGAUGAAAAAUACUUCGUUAAAAUGAUAGUCAUGCAAUUGCUGAUCGCUGCGAGUAUAAUUCUAUGGAGCCUUUUUCUGUGGAGUCGACGAAAGUUAUACCUGCUGAUACUGCAGUUGCCGGGAACAAUGGGACUCCCUUUGAUUGGAAAUUCCAUAAGAUACCUAAUCAUUGGCAAGCGCAAUAUGAGCAUAAGAACCAGGUAUAUGGAUAGGUACGGUUCCACAUAUCUGUCCUGGAUAGGCACAACACCAAUUUUGAUAACAAGAGAUCCAAAGAUUGCCGAGGAAGUCUUCACGUCACCCUUAUGCAUUAACAGAAGCUCUCAGACAACUAAUGCCAUGGCACUUUCUAUGGGAAACGGUUUGCUGACACUACAAGGAUCCAAGUGGUUGGCGCGUCGCAAGCAGAUGAAUCCCGCAUUUAAACAUAGUAUCUUGGUCAGCUUUCUUCCCAUUUUCAAUGCCGAAACGGAUUUACUAGUUAGCUUCUUUGGCUCCAAUGUUAGUAAGGGUGAAGUAGAUGUGCUUCCAGACCUUAUACGAUGGUCAUUUAAAAUAGCUACUCAAACCACUUUGGGAACAGAUGUUACAAAAGAUGCUAGUUUCAAAGACGACACAAUAUUGAAGAGCUAUCAGUCGAUUUUGCGGCAUACUAUCAUAAAUAUUUUCUUGCCCUUUGUGCAAAAUAAAAUAGUCUCCAAACUAUUCGGACUUGAAAGGAUGCGAGCAAGAGACGUUUCUGAAAUAAAUAAAAUGAUAAACAACGUUCUGGACAAAAAGAUGAAUUCAAGCAAUGCAAAUAAUUGCGAGUCUGAACUAAGGACUGUUUUACACUGGGCGCUAGAACUUUUUCGUAAUGACGAAAUAUCCCUAAUGGAGUUACGUGCCGAAUGCAGCAGUAUGGUUCUCGCCGCAUUCGAGACAAGCGCCCACACGGUUUAUCAUGCACUCGUUUUGCUGGCCAUGUUCCCCGAGCAUCAGGAAAUGGUGUUCAAUGAGAUUAAGGAGCACUUCCCUUUGGCCAAACACUUCGAGGUUACACACACCGAUCUUCAACAAUUGGUUUACUUAGAUCGCGUGUUGAAUGAAACCCUGCGAUUGAUGCCGUCCGUUCCGAUCUCCGCGAGGGAAACACUGCAGGAUUUCCCGCUCUCAAAUGGAGUUGUCAUCCCCAAAGGAAUGCUUAUCGUCGUAGACAUAUUUAACACACAUCGCAACAGCGAUUAUUGGGGCUCAGAAGCAGCGCAGUUCAAGCCCGAAAACUUUCUACCGAAAAAAAUCCAAGACAGGCAUCCAUAUGCCUUUGUUCCUUUUUCGAAGGGAAAGAGAAAUUGCAUUGGCUGGCAAUAUGGACUGAUGUCUUCGAAGCUCGCUUUGGUCAAGAUACUGAGAAACUACCAACUAAGAACUAGCUUUCCCUAUGAGAAUCUGGAAUUCGUCGACCAUAUGGUCAUGAAGAUGAAUCAGUCACCCCAAUUGGCAUUUCAACGACGAACUUCUUAA